AUGGCCAAUCUAAAGAGUUAUUCUUUAUUACUUAUUAGUGCUUUAGGAAUCUUUGUGUUGUACACUUUAACUGCCAAUUCAUAUCCCACAACUGCCGCUUCAACUCCAACUUCAACUUCUGCUUCAAUCAUGUCUCAAUACAUUGUCACUUUAAAGGAAAAUGCCGAUGAUUCUGCCAUUACAAAGGUUAAAGAAUCUAUUCAAAAGUUGGGAGGUGAGAUUGUUUCCGAGUAUUCCUUAAUCAAGGGCUUCGUUAUCAAAUUACCUGAAAUCCACACGGAUUCGGUUAAGAAGUUGGAUUCAGUUGCAACUUUUGAAGAAGACCAAGAAGUCAAGAUUCAAUAG